AUGACGACCGUCUCUCCACCGUUAUUCAAUGAGUCUUCUGAUCAAGAAAGAGAAGACUGUUUUUUCCUUCAGGUUUAUUCUGGCGUUUGGCAAGAGACCUUCCUCACGGAACAAACCUACAGCAAUCUUCUUGCUAUAAUCUGCAUCAAUUCGCUGUCAGUUGUGCCCAUCAUUCUGUUAAAUACAAUGGUCAUCUUUCUCGUGCUAACAAAGCGGCGAUUGCGUACCAACAUGAACAUACUUUUGUCCAGUUUAGCAGGGACAGAUUUGUUGACUGGACUAGCAGUUUAUCCAGUGAAGAUCGCCGCACUAAUGAAGCGAAUCCUUGGCGUUGGAUCACUCUGCACUCUGGAAACAACGUGUGCUGUUGCAACAGGCGUAACAAGCUUCGCCUCGCUAAGUCACUUGGCUUUAAUCAGCGCAGAUCGUUAUAUCGCUGUCAAACAUCCCUUGCGUUAUCAAGAAAUUGUUACAAAAGACAGGUUAAACAUUGGGGUACUCUUCAUCUGGGCAAUAACAGUUCUUGUGGCACUUGGCAAGAUCACUUUUGCUGUCCUGAUAGACGAUCUUUCAGUCUAUUUGCUUACUAAGGAUUCUAUACUUGCCUUUAUCGGUCUGGUUUAUAUUGCUAUUAUCAUUCACUGUAACCGAUAUAUCUUCUUCGAAACACAACGUCAGCAGAAACGAAUACGAACAGAACAAUUAACUCAUGAAGAAGCUAAAAAAAUUAAGAAAGACUACAAGGCUACCAAAACUCUAUUUAUCAUUUUGGUUGCGUUAGCAUUUACUUAUCUUCCUACAAUGAUCUCGAUACUGGUCGUUGCUUCAAAUGCAACCAUAAAACCACAUGUUAAUUAUCUUCUUUGGAGCUGGUGUGUAACUUUAGCUUCAUUUGGUUCUCUUUUAAACCCUGUUAUUUACAGUUGGCGUUGUAAGAAACUUCGUCGCGCUAUGCUCGACGUUGUACGGUUUAGACAGGUAGAAAGCGGACCAUCAGACACUGAGACAACAGGAACACAACGAGAAAAUCGUUCUAAGAUUCAAAUGUCCACUCGUUGUGAGGAUGACAAGAAUCAGGUUCGCUCUGAAUCUUGCUCUGAAUUCUGUCUUCGUAACACAGAAGCCGAAAUCGUCGACUUCGAGCAAGAAACAGUCACAUGA